UCGAACUGGUAUGUGACUGAUCUUGCGCAGCGUCAUUGUACUUUACCCAAAAUUAACCUGUUGAGAAAAUUAACGUCUUUGCGGAUACGCCGUGAAGAUUUCAAUUUGUUGAGAAAAAUUAGGGUUUCCACUGCGAGCGCUCUGCAAAGGCGAAGCCAGGGGUUAACUUUGUCCUAUAUUACACUUCUAUGGCCAUGGCUGAGGGAGAUGACCCGAUGGAAGGAUCUGUUUCCUCUCCUGUUCUCGGUUCUGUGGAGUCCAAGCAGAGUGGAGAUGUGCUGUCCCCAGAAGAUGUAGCCUGGGCAGACUCCUGCCUUAUCAAAGAUCCUGAAAUAUCACACAGUAACUGGAAUUCUCUUGCAGAUGCUUUACUGGAAACUCUCAGUUCCCUACCUGAUUCAGUUGCCUUUUCUGGAGUUGAAAUAGAUGCUUUUCCUGCACAAACCGACAUGGAAAUUCUUUCCAUGAAUGAAGAGGCAGAAUCUUCACAGUAUCUAGAAAGAAAUGUCUCUGAUAUUGUUCCCAUCAAUGAAGAAGAAGAAAGCAACAAGGAUCACAUAAUGCACGAGAAGACUGAUGCAUUGAGUGAGAGAACAGAUUUGGUGAAUAGUUUUCUGCCGACAUACAAUGAGGACCUGAAUUUCUUUGAGAAUACCGAUUAUGAGGUGGCUUUGGAUUUCCAGGUAUCUGAGAUGGAGUCAGUUACUGAUAUUGUUCCUAUCAAUGAAGUAGAAAAAAGCAACAAUGAUCACAUAAUCCAUGAGAAGAUUGAUGCAUUAAGGGAAAGAACUAAUUUGGUGAAUGCUUUUCUGCCGAGAUACAACGAGGACCUGAAAAAAACUGAAAUUACCGAUGAUGGGGUGGAUUUUGUUUUCCGGUUAUCUGAGAAGGAGCCAUCAACUGAUGAUAUCUUUAGGGUCUGGGACCUGGACUUUCCAGAUGAGGAAGAUGAAUUUAUAAAAGAGCUGAACAAAGCCCUUGCAGGAAUCCCCUUGCAACCAACACUUUCAACUUUUGAUGAUUCUGGGGCGAAAGAGGAGUCACUUGAUGAUCUCAUUUCUGGCAUUGCUGAACUGUCUUUGAAAAAUUCUGGUUGAAAAUUGUUUAGUCUUAGAACCAUAUAUAGUGCAUGUCUGGCUAGCUUGGCUGCUUAGUUAUCUUACAUGUGCCAUUUCAAGUAUCAUCUGGCCUUCUAUUUAGAAAAAUUGAAUCUUCUAUGAAUAGAAAUUUAAUCUAGGCUAACUUGGGCAUGCCCAACUGUGGGUCGUAUUGAUCAAAAUGGAAGAUUUAAUGUACAUUUGUGAUAUAAAGGGCUAUACAGUGCACGAGAUCAAUGCGAGAUCGUUAGAUAUACGGUUGUGCUUGAUGUGUUGACCAAAUUCUCUCUUUCACGGUGCACCGUCCGAGUGUGGCACUAGCAAUUGACUAACAGAUCCAGGUGAAUCCACAAAUGGGCUCUAACAUGACACAAUCAUGGAGAAUCUAAACCACAUGCUAGGGUUUUUUACACCAGUCAUUCAAACACCAUACCCACUUGCCAUGGAAUGAUGACAGUGAAGUAGCUGACUUGGCAAGCUGUUCACCGUUGACAUGAAUAUAACAAUUACAUCAAACCCUAUGAUUAAAACUCAGCCAUUAAUCAAUAGGAAGUAGAAAACAAAGAAGAGAAAUCACACUUCACAGCCUCAACUUACUUCAAAUGAUACAUUUGUCUAUCUGUUCCUCCAAACAUAAGAAAAGAAAAGAAAAGAAAAAAUAUAUAUAUAUAUAUAUAUUAAAUUCUUAAUUUUUACAAGGUGGGCGUAAUUCCAUCCACUUCUGCCACAUGCGAAGUAGACAAAUUAUCAUCCACGUGGCGAGCCAGGAUUGGUCGAUGCAUGACAGCCUCAAAUGAGACAUCCUUGGGUUCACUAGACAAAUAUAAAUAGAGGGAGUGAGAGAACAUGCAUGUGUGGUAAAGAGACGCAGAUAGCUUUGUGAGAGGAGAUAAGAUUGCAUAGAAGCUUAGGCAAUUUUGCUAUCUGCGUAUUAUAGAUUUAGAGG